AUGUUUGACAAGCCAUUCAAUCGGAAAGAUCAACAUGAAAGUAAUUGUUACAAUGAAAAGACCAGUUUUAGUCGUUCGAAAGGUGAUGUAGCAAGUCAAAUCAGCAAUGUUAAUGAUUCUGACGAGUCUCGUACAAGUACAACGUUUCAUAACUCAUCGAUUCGUGCUGGUUUCACUAUUGGUGGUCGCAUGCAUCCAGGUCUUCGAGGUCCAUACAGAGGACAAUCUAGAUCAGGUGUUCAUGAUAAUCGUGGUGGUAGUCGUGGUAGAAGUAGCAAUAGAUGUUUCAAAUGUAAUAAACCUGGUCAUUUUUGUCGUGAGUGUCCUGAAGAAAGAAAACCUCGUAAUAGCGAUGGCUUCCGCAAUUCUAAUGUUAGAAGAAAUAAUAAUCGAGUUUCUGAUGAUAUUUUCAAUCAACCUGAUGAUCAUCCAAUGGAACAUUAUAUUUCAUCACCUGCACCGACAACUGAAGAUGAUAUAUUUAUUGAAGCAAUAAAAAUGGAUGAAGACUUUGAAAAAUAUUCUAUAAUACAAAUUCGUUCUACACCGUUAGACAAAGUGAAACCAAUUAAAUUAAAUGAAGAGGCUAAUCUUGACAUACAAGUUCUAUCAAAUAUUCGUCUUGCUCACUUUGAAGAUCUAACAGCUAUUCAACGUUAUAUACUACCUUGUAUUCGACAACGAGAUGAUUUAUUGGUUUGUGUUCAAAUUGAAUCUAAUAAAUCAGCUCCUUUUAUUUUACCAAUUAUUUCAAAUUUACUCGAAUGUCAUGCCAAUGAAUUAUCUAAUAGAGAAUAUCCGCCGUCACCACUUUGUCUUAUUGUAUCACCUACAUGUGAACUUGCUUUAAAAACAGAACGUGAAGCAAGAAAAAUCACAGAUCGAACUGCUGUGGUACCAUGUUCUGUUGCUGAUGGUCACGAUAUGUUUACUGCAUCGGAUCGUCUUCAAGAAGGUUGUCAUAUUCUAUCUGCAACUAUCGGUCAUCUUAAAGACAUAGUGAAAAAAGGCCAAAUUUCACUAAAAAAAGUGAAAUAUCUCGUUAUAGAUGAAGCUGACCAAAUGUUAGAUGCAGAUUUGGAAUCUGAUAUACGCAAAUUAGAAAGUCUUGGUUUAUCAUCAAAAGAAGAACGUAUUACAUGGAUAUUUUCCGCAACAUUUUCUAAUGAAUUACAACAAUUAGCAAAAUAUUUCCUUCGUGAAGAUUAUAUUUUUUUCUAUGAUAGUACGAAUGCUGAUGUAGCACAUACAAUUGAAGAAGUACCACUUACAAAGAAACAAGAUCGUCUUUUUCAAUUACUCGAACAAAAUCUUAAAUCUGGAUGUUGUCUGAUAUUUGUUGAAACACAGCAAUCAGCUGAUGAUGUUGGUGUAUUACUUUCACAAAAAGAUUUCAUGAAUAUAAUAAUCCAUGAAAAUCAAACACAUCAACAACGAAAUGAAGCUCUAGAACAAUUUACAAAUGGAAAAUGUCGAAUACUUAUUGCAACAUUUGUUGCUGCUCAUGAUUUAUAUUUUCGUUUUAUUGAUUUUGCUAUUAAUUAUGAUUUACCAGAUACAAGUGAUUUUUAUAAUCAGCGCCAUGCUGGUCAUUGGGGUAAAUCUAUAUCAUUUUUUGACCCGGAUCGAGAGUCUGAUAGAAAAAUUGCUCUUGAAGUUAUACUAAAAUUAUGCCAAGCUGGUCAGGCAAUACCAGAAUUUCUUAUAAAAUAUGUUGAUGUUGGUACUAUUGAAUUUUAUCAUGAUGACCAUAGUUCGACGAAUAGUAAUGUUCACGUAGAAAAUAAUGAUUUAGAUCGUCAGCAUCAAACAAGUGGUCCUAUUGGUAGUACAGCUUCCACUAAUGCAGCUACUGAAGAUUGA